AGAAUGUUCUCAGAAUAUGCUUGCUAGGGCUCCCCUGGUGGCGCAGUGCUUGAGAGUCCACCUGCUGAUGCAGGGGACACAGGUUCGUGCCCCGGUCCGGGAAGAUCCCACAUGCCGCGGAGCAGCUAGGCCCGUGAGCCAUGGCCACUGAGCCUGCGUGUCCGGAGCCUGUGCUCCGCAACGGGAGAGUCCACAACAGUGAGAGGCCCGCGUACCGCAAAAAAAAAAAAAAAAAAAAAUGCUUGCUAAAGUAACUGGGUGAAGUGUUGUGAUGUCUGUAACUUUAAAGUGAUUCAGAAAAAAUGUGUGUGGUAGGAGAGCCCAGGCUCACACACAAAUGAGGCAGAUAAUCAUUGGUAAGUCUGGCGGAUAUAUAAGACUUUACUGAUUGUAAUGAUUUUUUCCAUUUUCCUGUAGAUUUGAAAAGUUUCAAAAUAAAAAGUUGAGGAGAAAAUCUUAUCUUUACUUCAGAGCCCAGCUCAGAUUUUGUCUCAGAUGAAGACUUCCUUUUCCCAACCAUACUAUCUAGAGAUCUGUUCUGAGGACCAAGAUUCAAUUGGGGGAUGGUUACAGAAAUGAACCAUGGAUUUCUCUCUGAUCAAGCAGACAGUUCAGGAUACACAGUCCAAGGAUGAAUGUUCACCGUGGCACUGAGAGUGACAGGUUACUGUGGCAGGAGGCCAGCUGCCUGAUGGAUGAAGCCUCAGCUGCAGCCCAAGAAAAAGAAGCAAAUAGCCCGGCUUCUUCUGGUCUUCAAAAUCUUACUUAUCCGCUAGGUCCCAGGAAUGAUGACCUUCCACUUGACUCUGCCUCUCAGCCAGCAAAUCUUCAGUUCCCUCACAUGAUGCCACUUCCUGAAGACAUCAAAGGCUCUUGCUUCCAAAGUGGGAAUAAACGGAACCAUGAACCCUUCAUCGCUCCAGAACGAUUUGGAAACAGCACUGUGGGCUUUGGCAGUAACGUUCAUUCGCAGGCACCAGAGAAAGUGACACUUCUCGUAGAUGGCACACGUUUUGUUGUCAAUCCACAAAUUUUCACUGCUCAUCCGGAUACCAUGUUGGGAAGGAUGUUUGGACCAGGAAGAGAGUACAACUUCACACGGCCCAAUGAGAAGGGCGAGUAUGAGAUUGCCGAAGGAAUCAGUGCAACUGUAUUUCGAACGGUGCUGGAUUAUUACAAAACUGGUAUCAUCAAUUGUCCUGAUGGCAUCUCUAUCCCAGACCUUAGAGAUACGUGCGAUUAUCUCUGCAUUAACUUUGACUUCAACACUAUCCGAUGUCAAGAUCUGAGUGCUUUACUGCAUGAACUGUCUAAUGACGGCGCUCACAAGCAGUUUGAUCACUACCUCGAAGAGCUGAUCCUGCCCAUUAUGGUGGGCUGUGCCAAGAAAGGGGAGCGAGAAUGCCACAUCGUCGUGCUGACGGAUGAGGAUUCUGUGGACUGGGACGAAGACCACCCCCCACCCAUGGGGGAGGAGUAUUCCCAAAUUCUUUAUAGCUCUAAGCUCUAUAGAUUUUUCAAAUAUAUUGAGAAUCGGGAUGUCGCUAAAACAGUGUUAAAGGAACGGGGCCUGAAAAACAUUCGCAUUGGAAUUGAAGGUUAUCCUACCUGUAAAGAAAAAAUUAAGAGGAGACCUGGUGGCCGGUCUGAAGUGAUCUAUAAUUACGUGCAGCGCCCCUUUAUCCAGAUGUCAUGGGAAAAAGAAGAAGGAAAGAGUCGCCAUGUGGAUUUCCAGUGUGUUCGAAGCAAAUCCCUCACUAAUCUGGUAGCUGCUGGAGAAGAUGUCUUGGAGGACCAAGAGAUAUUAAUGCACCACCCGCCCCAGGUGGAUGAACUUGACCGGCUAAAUGCCCCACUUUCUCAGAUGGCUUCUAACGACUUUCAGGAUUAGGGGCAGCUGUGGGCCCCUCUGCCGGCCUUUUCUCUGUCUGGGAUGCCCAUAGCCAAUCCUCCCCAUGGUUUGUCUCACACUAAGUAGGAGACAUGCUUCUCCCCCAUCCUUUCCUUUUCUACCAUAAUUAAUGUGUGUCCCUUUCAGUAAGUCUGUGCCUCCGGCAGGAGAUGAAAAAGCACUCACUGGUAAUUAAGCUACCAGCUUUGCAGCAGCCCUGGUAACUUGAAAAAUUUGGGUCUGGUGCUGUUCACCGAGUCUUUGCAUAACUGCAAAAGCAGGAAAGGAGGUCAAGACUCCUAUUGCCUCAUAUUCAGCAAAGCAGUUGUCAUCCUUUACACUCUGUUCUUGACUUUUGUUUAUUUGGUUUUAUACUAGGCAAAUUACUUAGCAGCAAAGGGACCAAACUUAGGAGACAAUCUCUAUCUUCUACAAGCAGGCACUAAUUGGAUGCCCAUUAGAGGUUAGUGAAGAUACCAUCCUGGUGGCCUCUGUGCCCAGGUUGCAUCUGGGAAGAAAUAGGCUCUCAUUCAAAAUGUCCAAAAGGAAAUUCUUAGGAGCUUCAGUUCAGUUUUUGUUUUUUUUUUUUUUUUUCAUUAUUGCAAUGAACAAUCCAAAACCUCACAGAUUCUUUGACAGGAAGGAUAAUGUAUAACAAUGUUUAUGAAACCUUUUUAGCUUCAAGGUUUUUGACCCUAAACAAAUUGAUUAUUUAUUUGGAGUGAAAUUCACACUCUGAUUAUCCUGGCUUGGAAUCUGGUGUGAAGCCAUAGGUCUUCACCCUAGGCCAGCAUGUUGCUGUGGGUGUGGCUAGGAGACCUUAGAUAUGGCUUAAAAGGCUUUCAAGAUGAGGGCAAUGAUUUCUCAGAAGUGCGCAGUUUCUCAGUAGAAAGACUAAUAAGAGCUCGGUGGGUAGGACUGGAGGUGAAUCUGGGUGAGAAAACGUCACCUGCCUAGACUUUGUCUCAGUGCAGGGUUUUUCGUUGUAUAUUCUUCAUACUAUGGAAUGUUUCUAGGUAUCAGGAUAUUUUAAUUUUUGAAAUAGCCUAUCAGCUGCUCACACUGGCUAAGAAAACCAUACUAAUGUCAUCUCCAAAGGAAGAAUGAGUUGAAGGGAAAUUAGGCCUAGUCAUUUUGAUUGAUCUGUCAGCUCUGGGUUAACAGUACAUGGUGUGUGACGACCCAGAUCACUCCUCUGGGUACUGUAACCAUCUCCCCUGAUGUCUCCAUGGCUGUUAACAGUAGAGCUAAAUUUAGAUUCUGGAGUCAGAUGUGUCUUGAGAUCGUUCCCAUUUUAUGGUAGAGGUUGGCCUUCCAAUCACCUACCCUGACAAUGUACGAAGAGACACAUAGUUUCCUUCAAGUUCUCUAAGAACAGGACUGGUUUUCUUAAAUUCCAUUUCCACAGGAUACUAUAGGGCAAGCUACUUGAUGCCAUUUUAUGACCGCCCUGGUCAGAAUUCUCCAAAGGUGAAGUCAGAUUGGGUGUUGACAGCUACUCCUUCCAGGCUUGAAGAACAAGAGUGUUCUUAAGGCGUGUAUUCUCUGUGCAUGUGACCAGGGCCAGUGUCACAGGGGACAUCAGCGCUCUGCUCCUUAUUCAGAAAAAUUAGUAGUAAGGGGUUAAACCGAGCCAUCCCCCAGCUACAGAGUUAUUCUGAUUAUCAUUGGCAUCCAUUUGUAAGGCUGAUGGCCAGGGUUAAUGUUUAGGGUUAAUGUUAUUUUGUAGCCAGGGGUAGUUUUAUUCCUGUGAAAAGAAUUCGCUGUUUUGAGGUCAGGUUUGGCUUUGACCUUACUGGUACUACAUUCAUACCCACGACCGACCAGCCAGGAUAAUUGUUUAAUGGUGCUUCCUUUACACUUUGUGGUUGACUUCCAUGCCAUCACAAAGGAAAUUUGACUUUUGUGUAGACUAUAAUAAGUAUGUAUAAUUUGUUUUAUAGCUUAAUAUAACAUUUAAGGGUAGACAUGUCUCAGCUAACACUCUAAAACUUAUUAGUCAUUGCUUAGGUAAAAAGCUAGGUAUGAAAUUGUGGCAUGUACUUAACACUCUGUUCUAUGUAAAUGAUUAAUUUCCUCCGGCUUUCAAAAGCCAGGUCUUUUUUUCCCCCAAGAUUGGGUUAACAUGCUUUCGUCCCCAACCCUUAGGGUUCAAGUGAACUGGAGAUCUGUGGAGGUAAAUCUGCCAAUGUUGCCAGGUGGUGGUGACGGAGGAAAAACUGGGCCCACAGGUUCCCUCUGGUGGAGAGGACAUUUCUUCUGUACCCCGUGCCCUUCCAGCCUGGAGCGCAGCAUCACUGUAAUUUGGUGGCUCUUUUCAGCCACAGCUGCUCUGUUCCCAGGGCCAGGACGUCCCGUGGUGGCAGGACCUCGCAGUUCUCGCAGGAACAAGAGCUGGGUUGCAGUCCUUCCCUUCAGAGUCAGUUACUGGCCAGCUGGGCAACAGUUAUUUCUAAUUAAAAAGGUGAAACUCAGGUUUGGUGUUUUUUUCCUAAGUGCCUAAAUAAGUAAGCCAGGCUGUUUAUACAGAAACAUUUUCAUAAGAGAAUGUUUUUACCCAGAUUGUCUUAUUCAGCGGUAUCUAUCUCAGCAGGCCAAGAUAAACCUGAAUUUGAGGUUUAGGAUCUGAGUUUGUGUCUGCAUCGUAUCAUGUACUGUUGAUUAGGAAACAUUUGCCAUUAAGGAACUGGGAGCAGGCAAGGAGACAGUGUUAAAAUGUGUCUGAUGAGAUUACUUAAUGGUUUCUUCAAAGUGGAGAAGAGGUAUUAAAAGAAUGACGGUAAAAAAAAAAAGGUAAGGAAGCUAGAAAGUAGCUGGAUUUAUUGCAUGAUAUGCAGUAGCCAGUAUUACUUUGAACUAAAUUCCGUGUGAUACCUAAUGUAUACGGGUCUAUGAAAAUACUGUGGCAUAAGCCCAGAAAGGAUGGAUAGUGUUCCAGCAGGUCCUUCUGUUAAGUAAAAACAAUCAGAGCACAGGCUUUAAAUUGUCAAAGUGUGAUGGGGAGCCUUUAUCGAGUAAUAGUCAAUAGAAAGUUAAAAAUCAGUUAAGUGAUUUAUUCAAUGCCACUUCUUGCCAUCAUUUUGAAAUUGUUAAACUGGGCAUAGUUCAGAAAGCAAACCUGAUACCUUUAUGGGAGAUGGAGCCACAUCCGUGCUCUGGGUGGGAUCACCUCUGCAGGAGAACAUUACAUUUUCUCUUAAAGGCAAAAUGCUUGUAGGUUUUGCCUCUUUACUUUGUAUUUACUUUUAAAGUUGCACUUGUUCACCUACCAGUGUUUACGAAAUCCUAUAUUUGGGAUGCUUUUUCAAUAAUAAAAUGUUAUCAUUUGUGUCCAUGUUGUUGUUGUUGUUUAGCAGAAAAUAAUAUUGGAACUCAAGAUGUUCAAGGGGACUGAGAGUCACAGCACCUGGACUGCCCAGGAGAGGCUCUUUCCUACAGCAGCCGGCGGGGGUGCGGCUGGCCUGGA